UUUUAGUUUAUUUCUUUACAAUUUUUAGCAGUUUUAAGGGUAUUUUUUAAUGUAAAAUGCAAUGAAUCUGGCAGAACUCGCACCGUAUACAAUUUUUAAAUCAAGUUUUUAUUAGAAUAUUAUACAUAUUGGUUGGAAUAUUUAAAUAACGAAAACACGCCAUCCAAGCGACCAAGAAAUCAACUUCUUAAAGAAUUGGCAUCUCAAAUUGAAAAUCAAGAUUUACGACCACCUUUUACUGAAAAACCUUACUCCAAGACUUUAUCCAUAAUGAAUAGCAAAGAUAUCGCAUGUCAGAGGGUUAAAUCCCGUUCUGCCAAAUUCAAAUCAUUACCACGCAACGCGUUUGCCUCUAAAAUAUCCAUCGAGGCCGAUGAUGACACUGAGCCUCAGUUGCCUCCAAAGCGCACGCAGAAGAAAGUACCGAUUAAACGCCGUCACAGAAGUUGUAAGCCGUCAGUUCAAUCUUUGUUCCUUUCUGAACAACACCGUGAAUUGUCUCCUUUAAGGGCCACGACUUCGUUGGAAGGACCGACUGGAAUCGCAUUGAGUGCACCAUAUUUAACGAUGGUGGAGAGCGCUAAAACUGUCGACUUGGUGGAACUAAAGAGGUUGGACAGUAUUUCCUGGCUCGAUUUAUCGGAGUCUAACUCAACGAAAAGCAGAAGCUCCACCGAUCUCAAGGAUGUGGUAAAAACACCAGACGAUCUUACUCCGAAAGAACACGUUUCUCCGGAGGAGGAUAGAAUUUCGUUGAGGGGUUUUUUGAAGGAUCCAAAUGUUAUAGUGACGGACUUGAAGAAAACCAUUGAAGGUUUACAACUGCGCCUCACCGAAACUAUAAAACAAAACAACGAACUCAAGACGCAACUGAGCAGAAGAAAAGACGUGUCGUCUGAUGACAGCGACCGUGUGAUUCAGAAGACCGACAUGGAGUUGCUUAAAGACAUGCAAGAUGAGAGUACAAGGAAGUUGGAAGAGUCCUUCCACGGAAAGUUGUCUUUAUUGGAGCACAACUUUCAAGGACAAUUGGACGAAUUGAAAACCACUUACGAGACGCAAAUACAUCGUUUGAGUAUGGACAAAGAAGUCGGAAUGAAAGACAAGGAUCAGGAGAUUUCUAGGUUGAACGAUAUUAUUGAAAAGCAGUGUUUAAGGAUGUCUAAUGAAAUUACUUCGUUGAGGGCCAGAAUGGUUGAGAGUAUUAAUGCUAAUAGUAACGAUGACAAAAUUGUGUUUUUACAAAAAUGUGUAGCGAAGAUGGAUAGAUUGUUUCAAAAGGCUGAAAGAGAUUAUCAAAAGCAGAUUCAAAAAUUGAAGGCCACAUUGGACCAAAAGGAGAAAUCGAUGCAGAUUUUAUUAAAGAGCCAACGAGUGGAAGUGAUGUCUAAAACGUGCCAGGAGAAACAAUCGCAAUUUGAUAUGGUGGUGAACAAUUUGGAAGUAAAAUACGUGAAAAUGUUGGAGUCUCAAGCCCAGCAGUACUUGGAGGCCAAAAUCAAGCAAGAUCGAAUGGUUGAAUAUCUCAAACAAAUCCUAGACAAACAUUGUAUAGAUUACGAUUUGCAGAAUUAUGAUUAAAAAUUAUGCGUCUAAAA